UCCCCCCUCCCUGCGCUCAGGCCUGGAGCCGAGCCUGAGAAGGAAGGAGGAGCAGAGAAGUUGGCCCCGGGCUGGCCAUCCUCUGCUUCCCCACCAGGGGCGGGGGUGAAGUCUGCAAACCUAAUGAGGGGGAGAGCCCAUGUAGCCCCUUCAUCUGCAGCCACCAGAGGCCCCCGGGCUCAUUCCUGCCCGGACACACAGAGAGAGGACAGCUCCCGAGGAGCUCCGCGGCCCCCUCCCCCCAGCAGCACCCCCAGUCCCCGGCCGCAGCCGGCCGACCCGAGAGGCGGAGGAGCCCCAGCCUAGGUGCACGGAGGCUGGUUCCUGACUCUCAAACUUAAGAACUGUCACUUGGAAACUCUACAACUUGGGAACUCUUGAACGCAGGAUCGCUCACAAGCAGAGCCAAGAGGACCCAGAGUCAGGCAGGCAGGUCAUGGAGGGCUCAGGCGAGAGGCUGGUCCUCAAUGUGGGGGGCGUGCGCUAUGAGACGUACCACAGCACCCUGCGGGCCUUCCCCGGCACACGGCUCUACCAGCUGACCGAGCCCCCCAUGGGUGGUACUCUGGCCCGAGAGGUCUUCUUUGACCGCAGCCCCCAUCUCUUUGGCUACGUACUGGGCUACUACCGAACACGCCAGCUGCACUGCCCCCCAGACAUAUGUCGGGCAGUGCUGGAGGAAGAGCUGGCCUUCUGGGGGCUUGCCGACGCCCCUUUGGCCCCCUGCUGCUGGCUGAAGCUCAGCGGAGGUGAUGGGCGGGCUGAGGACUUCCACGCCUGGGAGGAGAGUGAGCUGGGAGAAGAACAAGGCCUGCUGGGACCCAUUGAGAGCCCCAACUCCACCAGGGCCCAGGGAACCUGGAAGCCGUGGCUGUGGGCUCUGCUUAACCAGCCCUGCUCCUCCCUAGCAGGCAAGUGUGCCGCCCUUCUCUCCAUGCUCUUCCUCCUGGGUGUCCUGGUGAUCUUCUUUCAAGAAACCUCGGUGCAGCUGGACUACUUUACGUCCAACUUCCGGCCCCUGGAGCCCUGGGAUGGUGAGAAGGAGGGCCUGCCCCCGCCUCAGGCGCCAACCCCCGGGCUGGUGUACCAGCGGGCUCCCCACCUUCUCUACCUGGAACUGCUCUGUGUGCUCUGGUUCGGGGCCGAGCUGCUGGCCCGGAGCAUCUCCUGUCCCAACAAGAUCAAAUUCCUCCGCAGCCCCAUGACCCUGGUCGACCUGGCGUCCCUCUUCCCCGUGCUGGUGGAGCUGGCCGUGGGCCGCAGGGCGGAGCGCCACCCCCGCCUCUGCUUGGUGCUGGGGGCCCUGCGAGUACUCUAUGUGCUCAAGCUGGGCCGCCUCCUGGGGCUGGUGGAGAAGCCGCUGGCCCUGAGGGUGCUGGCUCACACGCUGCGCUCCUCCUGGAGGGAGGCGGGCCUCCUGCUCCUGCUCUGGGCGGGAGAGAUCUUGCUCUUCGGUUCCCUCUUCCUGUACGGAGAGCUUCUGGGCACGGGCCACGGCCAGGGCCAGAGCGAGGUGCACUUUGCUGACAUCCUCACCUGCUUUUGGUGGACGGUGAUCACCCUCACCACCGUGGGCUACGGCGACAUCUACCCCAUGUCUGCCUUGGGCCAGGUCACGGCCGCCAUCACGGCCAUGGCGGGCAUGCUGACCAGUGUGCUCCUGGUGCCCAUCCUCCUGGUCCGCUUUCAGAGAUGCUAUGCUGUGGCCCUGGCCCGUCAGAAGCUGCGGCCCAGCGGGACCCUGUGAUGGGAAAGGCCCCAGGUCCCUCGGGGAGGUGGGAGGGGCCCCCGGGUGCCUGCCCAGGGAAAGCGUCACAGAAAGACCGCCUGGCCUGCCCCCACCCACCCAGCUCCAUGCCCCACGUCACCAGGUGAUCCCUCACAAUUCUCCUGCUUCAGAAAACAGUCUUACAGCUACAUUCUGGUCCAAGGUCAGGCUCAGAUCCACGGUAGCAUUGCCGGGGCUUUUUGGAGGGGUGGACGGGUAUCUGUAGCUUGGAGUCAUUUGUCUUCCGUCCCUCCGCCACCUCGUAGUCCUAGAGCGAGAGCGGGAAGAGAUGUU